CUCCCGGGGUGGUGUGUGCCUCUCUCCCCACCCCCUCCCUCUCCUGCUUAGGCUUCCUCUCUCCGGUGUGUCCCUGGGGUCCAGGCAGGGGAGGGUCUAGGCAAAGGCGCGGCAGCGACUUGGGAAGUGCCGGGAGCUCGCACGCCCGAGCGUCCCGUCCGUCCGAGGGCACACACCGGCAGGAGAAGGCUCGCGGCUUGCCCACUCGCCUCCACCUCUCUUCCUCUCCCUGGCUUUUGUGUUGGUGCCUCGGAGCUGCAAGGAGGGUGCGCUGGAGGAGGGGGGGCCGCCUGGGGUGAGAGGCACCCCCUCCACGCGCGCGCGCACACGUUGCCGGCGCACGCACACACGGGCGGACACACUCACAGACACGCACACACACACGCACAAAGCUCCCUCGCUUCGAACGCACUAACGUGGCCGUUUUCUUUGUGUGGAGCCCUCAAGGGGGGUUGGGCUCCCGGUCCGGUCCGGGGGAGAUGGCGCAGCCCAUCCUGGGCCAUGGGAGCCUGCAGCCCGCCUCGGCCGCUGGGCUGGCAUCCCUGGAGCUCGACUCGUCGCUGGACCAGUAUGUGCAGAUUCGCAUCUUCAAAAUCAUCGUGAUUGGGGACUCCAAUGUGGGCAAGACCUGCCUGACCUUCCGCUUCUGCGGGGGUACCUUCCCGGAGAAGACUGAAGCCACCAUCGGCGUGGACUUCAGGGAGAAGACUGUGGAAAUCGAGGGCGAGAAGAUCAAGGUGAUCCAGACGGUUCAAGUGUGGGACACAGCGGGUCAGGAACGCUUCCGCAAAAGCAUGGUCGAGCAUUACUACCGCAAUGUGCAUGCAGUGGUUUUUGUCUAUGACGUCACCAAGAUGACAUCCUUCACCAACCUCAAAAUGUGGAUCCAAGAAUGCAAUGGGCAUGCUGUACCUCCACUAGUCCCAAAAGUGCUUGUGGGCAACAAGUGUGACUUGAGGGAACAGAUCCAGGUGCCCUCCAAUUUAGCUCUGAAAUUUGCCGAUGCCCACAACAUGCUCUUGUUUGAGACAUCAGCCAAGGACCCCAAAGAGAGCCAGAACGUGGAGUCAAUUUUCAUGUGCCUGGCUUGCCGGUUGAAGGCCCAGAAAUCCUUGCUGUAUCGUGAUGCUGAGAGGCAGCAAGGGAAGGUGCAGAAACUGGAGUUCCCACAGGAAGCCAACAGUAAAGCUUCCUGUCCUUGUUGAAACCAAAUGGUGUAAAUACAAGAUAAAUUAGCACUGGAGUUUUUCUUUCCCUUUUUUCCAUGCCUGCCUAACGCUGACACCUGCUUGUUUCCAUACAAAUUGAUAUCAAAUAAAAUUUGUAUAGAUUAUCA